AGGGCCCCAAAGCUGCUCGGCCGACUGAAUCGACCCGCAUCUACAGAGUUGCACUACCCGUACAUACCAGCCCCGGGCGGCUAUCGCCUGCGAUGAACCACCCACCUCCAUGCCCCCGCAUGCAAGUCUGUCUCUGUCUCUCUGUCUCUCUGGCGUUGUUGCUGUCUCUCUCUCCUCUGUGCCUGGCCUAUCCUGCUUGUCCCCUCCUCCUCCUCUCCUGUUCUCUUGGUCCGUGUGCUGGCCCUACCUUGCCUUCCAAACUACAACGGCCUCAUGUACCUCGUGUACACUAUCCUCCCCCCUGUCUCUUCCUCGAACCCUGGCGAUGGUCCCCGCUGCUUUCUAUUCUGAAGAGUGGCAGUCGUUCAAAUCGUCUCGACUGGCAGGCUCCCCUUGCGACAAAAAAAAAACCAUACAAACUUUUGGAUCGGCACCAUCGCUGUCCACUUCGCUCGUCAUUAAUAGGCCGUGGCCAUCUCGUCCUCGCGAGGCUCUCUUCUCAUCCAUUCUCCCACUUCACAAGUCCAAUUACGGAGAGGCAGACUUCAGUGACUCUUUGGAUUCUUUAUAUCGUCCAUCCCCCCCUCCCAUCUUCUUAUAAGACAAGACGAGCUUCACACAACCACUAGCUAUCAAAGCUCUUGUCUACAUUCGAGUCUUUGGAAUAUCCCCUUUGCCACUUACACA